UUCUGAGGGAGAGAGAAAAGGGAACAGACUGGUAGCAGAAAGUAGGUGGAUUUUCUGGUUCAAUAACACCGUUUGGGUAGUAAGUGUUAUUUCCUAAUUGCUUAUGCCUCAAAUGUAUAGAAAAUGGCUAUUAUUCCCCACAAACUUUGCUUUUGUGACCAGGACAGUGAUAUUUUGAAAUUUACCUAUUUUCCAGAACAUUCCAGAUAGAUUCACUGCUGAGUAAACUUGGAGUAACUUCUAGAACUUUCUAGAACUUUCCAGUAAUAUAAAUAGUAGUAUAAAUACAGGGGCCUUAAGCCCACCAGUUCAGUUUAGUUCCAGCUGCCUAAGUGGAUACAUAUCUGCAUUUUUCUGAGAUGGCAUCAAGAGGCUGCAAGCAUCCGGCAGACGCAUUUUGCUAUGUCUGCGGCCAAUUUAUCAAGACAAGAGCGAAAAAGUACUCAGUGGAAGCAUCUGCUAAGAUGUGUGAGGCCUACAAGGCAUAUUUCGGCAUGCCUGUCGGGGAUCAAGACAAACCCUGGGCACCUCAUUUCACCUGCGAGCACUGCAAAAAAACUCUGGAAGGAUGGUACAGAGGGGAAAAGAGAGCCAUGAAGUUCGCUAUCCCAAGAAUUUGGCGGGAACCCACUGACCACUCAAGCAACUGCUACUUCUGCAUGGUGGACCCUUCCAAACGUCGGCCUGGCAAGAAUGCACCUGCUAUCACGUAUCCAGACCUUCCUUCAUCCAUCGCCCCGGUGCCACACUGCAAUGAGCUCCCUGUACCCACUCCUCCGGAGAGAGAGCAGCCGUCUUUAGAAGAGAGCAGCAAGUCAGAGAGCGAGGAAGAUGUUGUAGAUCCAGAUGACAAUUUCAGAGGUGGAGCUGAGGAGAGAAACCCAUACUACCCCAACCAAAAAGACCUCAACGACUUGAUUAGAAAUCUUGGUCUCACCAAGUCCAAUGCCGAGCUUUUGACGUCUAGGCUCAAGCAGUGGAACUUGUUGGAUGAAAGUGUGCAAGUCGCAGAUCAGAGGAAGCGUCACCAACCUUUUUCCAGCUUCUUCACCCGUCAAGAUGGGCUCUGCUUCUGCCACAAUGUGACCAGUCUGUUCGAUGCAAUCGGAAUCGCCUGUAACCAGAAUGAGUGGCGCCUCUUCAUUGACAGCUCAUCCAGGAGCCUCAAAGCCGUGCUGCUCCAUAAUGGUAACAAGUACCCAUCUCUUCCCCUGGCUCACUCGGUGCACCUCAAAGAUGAUGAGUACGGCUGGAAGGUCAUAGGAGACUUCAAAAUGGUGGCAUUCCUGAUGGGUCUCCAAGGCGGUUUUACCAAGUUUCCCUGCUAUCUUUGCCUUUGGGACAGCAGGGACACCAAGGCGCACUACCACAGGCGGGACUGGCCGCAGCGGACCGAGUUCUCUGUGGGGAGGAACAACGUCAAGUGGGAGCCACUGGUGGACCCCCGGAAGGUGCUGAUGCGACCACUGCACAUCAAAUUGGGCCUUAUGAAACAAUUUGUCAGAGCUCUAGAUAAGGAGUCGGCAGCCUUCAAGUACCUUCAAGACUUCUUCCCUAAGCUGUCUGAGGCAAAGGUCAAAGCCGAUGUCUUCGUCGGACCACAGAUAAAGAAGAUCCUGGAGUGCAAUGAAUUCCCCAAGACGCUCACUAGUAAGGAGAAAGCGGCUUGGAACAGCUUUGUCGCAGUGGUUCGGGGCUUCCUGGGCAAUCACAAGGCCGAAAACUAUGUGGAGCUGGUUGAGACCAAGGACAGUAUAACGAGAUGAUGAUGGGAGACUACAUUUGGGGGCUGAUUCGUGAAAGUGAUUUACAGUAUAAUCGUAAAUCUCGAAAAACUACUCACUUCUAAAUCUUUUGUAGUCAUUUUCGUAUUACUUUAGUAUAAAUACAUGUUAAUUUGGAUUCAUAUGUUGUUUUUUUCUGACCUUAUGUGAACGAAAAGACACAAAUUCGCCCGUUUUCUCAUUGGAAAUAGGUAAAUUUCAAAAUAUCACUGUCCUGGUCACAAAAGCAAAGUUUGUGGGGAAUAAUAGCCAUUUUCUAUACUUUUGAGGCAUAAGCAAUUAGGAAAUAACACUUACUACCCAGGAACAAAAAUUGUGUUACAUAGUGUAAUUGGUGUCAGUGUGAAAAUAUACUGAAGCAACACUAGGGUAUACAAUAGCACUGCCAUCAAAUUGUAGUACAGUUAUUUGUAAUCAAGUAUCUGUAUAUUUUCUCAGUAUUGAUACAAUUAAUAGUCAAAAUAUUUGUCUACCUGACAGAUUUUUUUUUUAGUUUCUAUUACAAUUUAUCCCAGCAUAAUUCAUGAUAACAUCAUUAAAGUAUCUGGAACGUUCACAAGUCAAAUUGCAUUAUGGGGAGCCACAACCUUACCGUGUUAUAAUCAAUUCCGCACUAUAACAGGUCGCAUUAUAACAGGGUAGCACUGUAGUUACUUAGUAAAUACAUUUGUACUUACACAGAAUUACAAUGUACUUAAUGAAGUAACUAUACUACUAAACCCUAACCCUAACUCUCAACCUAACCCUAAACCUAACCAUAACCCUAUCUCUUAACCUAACCCUAAACCUAACCAUAACCCUUUCUGAUACAAUUGUGUACUUCCAUACAGUAAAACCUGCCAACUCAUGACCACUCAUGGGAGUAAGGAAAAGUGGUCGCUUGUAAGAGGUGGUCUCUCUUCAAAGGUCAGCUGUAAAAUGGGCACUUUUACGUUGUACAGAAAGGCUACUUUUGUUACUGAUGUUCCAUGUACAAUUUUAAUCGCAUACUUCAAAAGGCUUCUCACUACACUAUUUUUUUUAUUAACUUUACAUAUAGUAUACAGUACAGUACUGUAUUUAAAAUCUCUUGGUGGGUUUAUUAAUAUUUAUGUUAAUCAAAAGAAGAGAAUUUAGUACUAGUGCUUAUUUUCUAGACUGUGAACUAAAAAGAAAAAUUAUACAAUCAUUAUCAAAAAGACCAAAAUGUUCUCUAAAAAAAUGUGUCUGGUUUCAGUCUACAGUACCUUGACUCAUAAUCGGCAAGAAUUUCUGCCUUCCAUCAUAACAGGUUUUGGAUUUGUGUUUUUCCGACUCUGUUCGACAACUUGACACCAUCUGGUACAGGCUUCUAACUGUGAUAUUGCUUUAACUCGUUGGUCCAGGGUAAACGACAGUACUCUAACUUACAGUCGUGUGCACCUUUCUUCCGGUUCAACAAGCUCACAUAUUGUUUAAGUUCCUGUUCAAGUUAACAUCUGUGUAAAGCUGUAGUAAUGCAGAAACUGUAACAAGCAAAAGAAAAAAUCUUUAGCUGGAAACUUCAAAGAAAUGCAGACUGAUACGCAGAGAGUGGUUUCUCCUACAGGUUUCUUUCUACAGAUGGGAGUAAGAAGAUAUGGUCGCUAGUCGCAGAUAAGAGGUGAUCGCGCUUCACAGUUAAAUUAUAGAGGAAAAACAUUCUGUGGCCUCUGCAAAUAGUCGCUUGUGACUGGGGGUCUCUCUUCAGAGGAGGUUACUAAGGCAGGUUUUACUGUAUAUCAUGCAAAAAGAUUUACACAUGAAGUACAUUGUAACUAUGAAUAAUAACAUUGCAAUUAUGUGUAAGUACACAUGUAUUUACUAAGUAACUGCUAUGUAAAUACACAGUAAUUAGUAAUUAUGAAUUGUUACCGAUUUUACAGGAAACAAAUAUUUUCUAAACUAUUUUCUGAAAUAUGUAAAAAAAAAUUAAAUAAAGCAAUAAAGAAUAGGAGCUUGUAUGCUGCAAUAAAACAGAAGAAAUGUAGCAACUCGGGAACUUAACAUAUACUGCUAAACCAAAUGAAAGUAAUUUCAGGGUCUUUGCAAAUUAAAUUAAUCAUAAGAGAGUAUCUCCUAGUUUGGCUUUGGGGGGUAUUUCAUUUAAUCUGCAUUUACGUUUAUUUUAUGAUUGAUUUAUGCGAACUGGUUUGUUGGUCUUUAUUUGCUAUUACAUUCUGAAUUAGUAAAUGAGAUUUAAUUGUUUGAAUUGCUAGGGGAUUCUAGAAAAUGAGUCCAGCAGAUCUUGGUGCCUCCAGACAACCUUCUAUUGGAAUAGGAACAGAAUAGUUCAGCAAACUGCACGGACUGGCACCCUGCAUGUCAUGAAGAAAACUAUUAAUAAUGUCAAGAACCUUCUACAGUGCUGUACAGUAUG